AUGUAUCCUCUUAAUUGCGUAGACGGAUACAGGAUACCACUUCGUGAGGAAGUCUACGUUCUCGACAUCAUCCCCCUCACAGCAGGUCCGGCAACUAUCUCCUCGGAUCAGAAGCUAUCCUUGUUUAAUCCCACAAGUCUAAAAGCAGGACCCCAGCUCAAUCUUCUAACGCGACACGGCAACAUCACUUGUGCCAAGGCAUAUGACGCAGGGAGCGCUAUAGUGUGUACGGCGGGCGAGGAUGGCAGCGUAUCGAUGUGGGAUCUAAGGCAGGAUGCGCGACAGGCUGAGGUAGCAAGACUAACAGAUAAUCGAGUCUCCGUAUUGUCUUUAGCAUGCUCAAGUGCUGGCUUCUCAGUUACAGCUGGAACCGAACUGCAGGAUCACCAAGCAUCCAUAUUAAUAUGGGAUGUUCGCUCAACUCCCACCCCAAAGCUUCACUAUAAGGAAGUCCACAGCGACGAUGUGACAGAGUUGAAUUUCCAUCCUAAUGACCACAACAUUCUCCUGUCAGGAUCGACAGAUGGUCUUGUAAAUAUCUGUGAUACAAGAAUCACUGAUGAGGACGAGGUUAUAAUCCAGACCUUCAAUCACGAUGCCUCCAUCCACCACGCAGGGUUCCUGAACGAUACUGAAGUAUACGCAUUGUCCCACGAUGAGAAGCUAGCGCUUUAUGAUGUUGCCGAAACCCACGAAAAUGGAGCAGCAACAACUGAUUUUGGAGAUAUGCGAGAGGUCCUUGGCUGCCAGUAUAUUGCCAACGUCACUGCGAAGUCGAAUGGGGCCGGAGCCGUGAUUGGCGCUGGUGCACACGACCAACAAGCAUUCCAGUUGAUCCACUUGACAAAAGGCCAAGAGUGGAAUCUAGAUCGAGAUAAUAGUGUCAGCCUACCCGGGGCCCAUUCUUCGGAAAUUGUCCGUAGUUUCUGCUUCUACGACGAGGCGCAGACGGUCUUUAGCGCCGGCGAGGACGGAUUUAUCAAAGCAUGGAAGCCGAACGCAUAA